AUGCAGGAUUAUAUUCCUGGGCUUGUGUUUGACAGAGGGAAAACAGUCUGUAAGAUGACAUUGGAUCUUUGUGAAAGGCAAAUGCAUGAAAAGUUAUCAGUGUUUUUUGCUUUGGCUUGGAGUUUCUGGUUCCGUAGAAAUAAAUAUCUGCAUGAUCAACUAUUACUAUCCCCUAAACAGGUUGCAGAUGGUGUUGUAUCUAUGUUGAAAAGUUAUGGGCAGGUUCAACAAAAGAAUCGGAUUCAGUUAAUGCAACAUUAUAAAUGGCAGGCUCCACAAUCUGAAUGGUUGAAACUAAAUGUUGAUGGUGCAGUUUUUUCUAAAUUGGGAAAAACAAGAGUUGGGGUUGUAUUAAGGGAUGAUCAUGGCAGGGUUUUAAUGGCUAGAUGCAAAGUGGAAACAGAGAUGGAAGGCAUAGAAGCUAUAGAACUGAUGGCCAUUUUCAGAGGACUGCAGUUGUGA